AUGUUCGAGUCCCUACACGCCAGUCAGCCUGGCCCGACCUUGGAGUUUGGCCUUCCUCCUUCGUCGUUGUUCAAAUUCCCUCCCAAUCCGCGGCCCGCUCCUCUUCCGGCUCCCCAGACUGAGCGCUCCUGGACGCAGCCCUUCCCAAUCCCUCCUGAGCUGUACCUCAAGUUGCUCGAUGUCCGUGUCCCAGUCACCAUUGCCAGCGUCUACGCCACUACCGUGAUCAUCCUGAAUCGCGUGAACAAGCGCCGGGGAUAUAAGCCAUGGGCCUUCAGUCGCACGCGACUCUUCAAGGCCUUCGUCAUCCUGCACAACGUUUUCUUGGCCGUCUACUCGGCAUGGACCUUUGCGGGCAUGGUCCGGACGUUCCGCAACUCGAUGCCCAGCAGGGAUGAUCCCAACCGGAUCGUUGCUGUCACGGAUGCGUUGUGCAAGAUACUUGGCCCACGUGGGCUUGGAAACGGCGCCAUGUACAACUCGACCACCGACGAAUGGGUUCUGCCCAACCCGGAAUACAAGCUGACGGCCGGAGGCGUGCCCGACCCGGCGGACGACGGGCGGCUGUGGAACCAGGGGCUGGCUUACUUUGGCUGGAUCUUCUAUCUGUCGAAAUUCUAUGAGGUCCUGGAUACCGCGAUUAUCCUGGCCAAGGGCAAGAAGAGCUCGACGCUGCAGACCUAUCACCACGCGGGUGCCAUGAUGUGCAUGUGGGCUGGCAUUCGCUACAUGGGGCCGCCCAUCUGGAUCUUUGCGCUGGUCAACUCGGGCAUUCACGCUCUGAUGUAUACCUACUACACGAUUACCGCGCUCUCCAUUCGCGUGCCGACCCAGUUCAAGCGCAUGUUGACCACCCUCCAAAUCACCCAGUUCGUUUUCGGUUCAAUGCUAGCUGCUGCCCACUUGUUCGUCCGCUACUCCAUUCCGGUCACAGUUCCACAGGUGCUGCCCACGGCGGUCCCGUCGGCCGUUUCAGCGGCGGAGUCCGGUAUCGCCGCGGCUACUGCGACUGCCGGUCUCAUGCCGUGGUUGAAGAAGCUCGCCUUCCGUGCUGCGGGUGCUGAGGGUAUCGCGGCGAACGUGCUCAAUGCUCAGGGACAGCACUUCGGCGCGGAUGCGGUCAAUGCGGCUCAAUUCUCUCAAGCAAAGAAUAUGGCGGACAACGCGGUCCGGUACGAAAUGAUCAACUGCAUUGACACGACCGGGCACGCAUACGGCAUUUUGCUGAACGUGAUGUACCUGCUGCCUCUGACCUACUUGUUCGCCCGCUUCUUCGUCCGGUCGUACCUCCACCGCAAGGAGCCAGCCGUCAAGCACCCAACCCAGAUGCACAUCGCGGAGCAGGCUGGUCUGGACGCACUGAAGGGAGUCAGCCGGGAGAUCCAGAAAGCGGUGAUGGAGAUGCACGGCGACGGCGACACCUCUGCGACGGAGGACGAGGCGCUGACGCAGAAAGCGAAGGCCGAGGCUGCGCAGCAGAAGCUUGACGAGGCCAAUGGCAAGGCAACCAGCAAGCUCAGCGACAAGACUGGUCGCGAUGCUGCGGACGAAGACGCGGGCUUCUCCACCGUCCCAGCCAGGCUCCGCGCCAAGAAGAAGGACGUGGAGAAGAGCGCAGCUCUUCCGACGUCGAACGUGGAGGCGUCGAAUCGAUUCGGCGCGUUGAAGGACGAGAUCAGUGAGGGGAAUGGAAAGUCGUCAUGA